GUAAAUGAUAAUAUAAUAUUAUAGUAUUUUUAUAUGAAUUACAUUUUUAAUUUUGUCAUCUAACAAUAAUAAAAGGCCGAUAUCCUGAGUGCUCAGCGUGUCCACGUCUGCCAAAAAAAUGAUCCAAUCAAACGAUUUCAUUUUGACACGUCAUACCACGUUUAUAUAUUUCGUGUGAUCACCUUUCAAAUGGGCUGUUUAUAUUUUUAAAAAAGCUCAUAUCAGUUCAUAUUCACCAAAUCUAUUUCAUAUGAAAGCGUAAAGUCGACCCUUCUCCUUCGUUUCUUCGAUGAAGUUCUGUAACGACUUCUUUCUUCAACGAUCAAUAGAUUUCUUUAAUCCCCUCUUAAUGAAUUCGUUUCACCUAGCAUAUAACUCUUCAGAUUCACUCAGGUUCUCAAUAUAUAACUUCCUCUCCGAUUCUCUGAUCACUUAUUCCACCCACAUCCAAACAAAUCUCAGCGCAUCGAUGGCUUCAAAAAUCCUCAAUGAUGGUGCCGUUAGUCAACUCAUCUUCGCAUUAAAACCACUCUCCUCCGAUCUCUCUCUCAUCUUUUACCUUCUCUCCGGCGACUUUCAUACACCUUCGAAUCUGUAAGCUCCAACCUCUAACUCCCAAAUUCGCUUCUCUGGGGUUUCUACUCCUUAUAGAUCUUUUUGUAUUAGCUGAUGAUUAACUAAUUGAUGAUUGUCUUCAGUUAGAAAUUGAUUAGGUCAAAUCAAAUCUAAUGCGUUACUCGAACUUAUCCGAUUUCCUUUUGUUUACUCUCUUCCCCGAUUAAAAUACCUCCCAAAUUGAUUAAGCAAAAUAUAUGUAAUUAUCAUCUGUUAAUUGUAUUAAGCCCCCAUGGAUCUUGAUGUAUGUUCUCAAUUAAGCUUUGCUUCUAAAAGAUUUCACAUUAAAAUUCCUUUUCACUGUAUAUGCAGGAAUGAGUUUGUGAGUGGAGGAGUGAGGACUGACUUUGCUUCCAGUCCUUGCUACGAACGACUAAAAGAUUGUUGCUAUAUAAAAUUUUCAAAAGUUAUUAACAUACAUAAAAUAAAGCCACUUUGCUUCACCAGAAAGACGACCGACAUGCUUAAAUUACUCUAUUGAUUAUUUUUGAUAUCUUUAGCAUCUGGUCCCUUAAUUUUUGGUUUGUGAGUUGCCUUUGAACUUAUAUGUACAAGUUAAUCAAAGAGGUUUGUGAUGGACUUUUGAUAAUGUUUGGCGAGCUGUUCUUUGAGUACAUGUUAUACUUCUUCUUGCUUGCAUUUUGAAUUUUCCUGAUACUAAUUCAUGGAACUUAUCUGUGUAUCUCAUUCUAUUUGAUCAGGAAUGAAAAUAUUUUACUAGCUUAUGAAGGGUUGGCAAAAAAUUUUUUUGUUGUAGAUGAUAUCAGAAAUUGGUACUUUCAAGCCUUUCAAAGCAAUCCUUACAUGCAUCAAACGUGAUCUUAAGCCAGGUGAUUAAUAGCCUUGAGGUCACUUUGACAAUAAUCAGUGUGGUCAAUUGAUACAAGACUUGAAACAUCCGCUAUAAAAAUUGACAGUUUUGAUUCUAACCACUAGGUCUCUCUAACAAUCAUAGUUAAUUUGUUUGUGAACAGUAUAUGUUUAUGCUGUGUUGAUUGCUGCAAAAAUAAUCUGUUUCUUUUAAACCCAAUAUUAACAUUGCUGAUUUUGGACUGGCAGGGGAUGUUUUUUUUUCCUUUUUUUUGUUUCACCGCAGGGGAGGUUAAUUCUUUUUUUUUCUUUUUUUUUUGUCAGCGGGGAGGUUAAUUCAGUGACCCAUAUGUUUCGUUUAAGUCCACGUUUAUCGAGUAUGUUGUUAUACGCUGGUAAAGAUUGUACUUCAGUGACCAAUAUGUCGAUUAGUGGCCACACCAUUGUUGCCUUACUGACUCUAAAAGCUUUGUUCUGAUAGGUAGAGCCAAAGAGAGCACCUGAAGUACUUCUACAGUCCUAUCUAUGCACAUUAGAAGUUGGUUAGUAUCAAAUUUUUGUACUCCAUCAGGUGCAUUUACUAUAAGACACCAUCUGCGGAGGCUCUGUAACACCCCUUCUUUCAGGUACACCAGAGGGUAUUUGCUUGGACGAUGUGACUGUUGUAGUUUCUAUCUUUGAUCAGUUGAUUCAACUUUUACUUAUAAUGUUAUAUGUUUCUUUUACAAUCUUUGUAGGUUCUGAUUAGAGAAAAGUCUUUCUCAAGGUCAUAAGCUCUUUUGGGCGAUGGAUAUUUCAUAGUUUUGAUUUUUUUGUUUUUUAUUUUCCAGUGUGCCCGGAAAUAUUUCCCUUGAAACGAGCAUACCAGUGGGAUUUGGUGUUGUAGUCAGAUUUUUCUAAUACUUUAAGUUGACUAUCGGAAUGAGCUAGAGCAGAGUGAUACUUUAAGUUGAAAAUAUAUUUGCUUUGAUAAGUUGUUUUUCUGUGCAGUUACAAUUAAAAAAAAAUGUUUCCUAUGUAAAUUUGAUUUAUUAUGGUGAAAGACCGAUUACCGAAGUAAUGGAUUUUUGACAACUUUGCUAUCAUCUGUAAUUUAUUGGUAUCAUGUGGUCCAAAUUAUAUUUUCACAACAAUGUAUUAAAAUAUACAUACAUGACAUAUUUACUGUACAAAGAUCUAACAAACAAUACAUAUAUCAGCUCAAAAUUUUAAAAUAAUAUUUUAUAUGUAUCCAAAUUUUAUUUCAAAAAAUAACAGCAUAUAAAUUUGCAAAUCCUUCAACAUUGUAUAUGUAUAUAAAAGGUUAAGUUUUUAAUAUGUUUCAACUUAUAUAGUUAUUAGUUGUACUUUCAUGUAUUUUCUAUUUCAUUCAAAAAUUUAAACAUUUAUUGGUGGAUAGUAAUUUCUAACAAAAUUCAAACAUUUUCCAGAACCACUUAUUUAAAUAAAUAAUAAUUCUAUGGUAUUGUUACAUGUUAUAAGAAGUUCUCUAACCUAAUUGUAAAGGAUAAUUUUAAAAUACUGUAUAUGUGAUUUAAAAUUUAAAAAAUACUUUUAAAAAUACAUUUAAAAAACUAUGCUUCUUAUAUGCAUAAAUAUAUUUUUAUUCACAUUUGAUUUUAAACUAAUAAAUUCAAAACUAAAUUUAAGUUACUUAUGUUGGAGAUAAACAUAUAUUUAAGAUAUAUACAUGUUAAUAAUUUCAAAUGAAAAAUAGUUAAUUUUAAAAUGUUGUAAAGUCCAUUUUGUACAAAUUUUAUGAAAUCAAUAUAAACAUAGAAUUAGAACUUACGCACAUUUUAAGCAUAAUUCUACACCUCAUGUAUAUGAUAUACUAGGGUCGGAUCCGCCCUACGGGCGGGUAAACAAAUGAAAAAAAAUAUAUAUUUAAAAUCAGGUCGUCUUAAUUAAUUUUUGGAUCAUGUUCAAAAAUAUUAAAAAUAUAAUUAAUAAUGUAAUAAAAUAGUUUAACUAUUUGUAUAAAUAUUUAAUUAUUUUUUAAAAUAUAAUAUGCUCUAAAUGUAGAUUUAUAUCUAAAAUUGUAAUUUAUACACUUUUUAAAAAAAUUCUUAAUUAUUUUUUUGUUUUUUGAUUCGGAUCAUGUUCGACCUCUCCACUUGCAUGUGCUAUUAGGCGGCCCUGUUUAAAAUUUUAAUAAAUUUUUAGUUUGUUUUAAUUAUUAUUUUUACUAUUUUUAUGACAUAUUUUACUAUUUAUUUUUCUUUUAGGAAUUAUAUAUUUGUUACUAUAUUAAACACACAUAUAUCUAUUUUACUAUUUUCACAGUAUUUACUUUUCUUGUAUUUAAUAGAUUUUUAAUAUACUUCUUCUUAAAUUUUAUAAUUCUAAUAAGUAGAAAAUGCCAAUUUAUUAUCUUUUUCUAAAAAAAUAAGCAAGUAGCAUAAAAUAUAAUAUAAAUUGUGGCUUUCUAAUAUUUAUAAAUAAAAAUUUAGAUUAUAUAUUGGGUUUUCUGCAAAAAAACUCUCAAUGUGGUUUUUUUUUGCAAAUUAAUCCGCGAACUAAAAAACCCACGGGUCAACCCUCCAAGUGCCAGUCAAACCGCAAUAUAACCCUCGGCUAUAUUUAUGUGUAUUUGACUGUGUAUAAUUUUAACAUUUUUUCAAUACUAGGUCGUUUUGGCGCUAAUUUUUUAAUGAAAAAAAUUUGUUGAACCCCACCUUCAUUGUGCAUUUACGCAAGCUUCCAUGUCCGAGAAAAACAAGGUCAUUUCGUUUUAGAAAUCUAUAUAAUUGCGUUUGUUAAGUAAACAAAUAUAUUUGUUGGCCGAGAUGGUUAUAUAGCAUGCACAUGGUAUUUAAGGUUCAAAUUUCAAACCACGAGAUCAACAAUUUUUUUUCAUUAAAAAAUUAGCGCCAAAACGACCUAGUAUUGAAAAAAUGUUAAAAUUAUACACAGUCAAAUACACAUAAAUACGGCCGAGGAUUAUAUUGCGGUUUGACUGGCACUUGAAGGGUUGACCCGGGGAUUUUUGAGUUCGCGGAUUAAUUUGCAAAAAAAAACCACAUUGAUGGUUUUUUUGCAGAAAACCCUUAUAUAUUUAUGAAUUAUUAUAUUCGAGAAAAAAUAUAUUUAUGUUGUUUUUAUGUUACUUAUAACUCAUAUCAACAAAAGUUUGAAAAAAGAAUUCCUCAAUUGUUUUUCCUUUUUUACCAACAAAAUAUAGGCUAAACUCAUAAAAAAUAGAAAACCUUAACUAUUUGAUGUAUUGUUAGUUAUGAAGAUUAUUAUGGAACAUUUGAUAUACUGUUAAUAGUAUGAUAAUUCUUAACCUAAAUUGAGUAGUACCGAAGUGGAAAGUCACGAAUCAACAAUACCUAAACAGUACCUAUUAGAUCAAUAUAAACACAAUAAUUGUUAUAUUCUUACUAUAGAAAACAAGGAGUCCACCAAUAUAUUCUGCCAAAACUUCAAAGACACCCUAACCAUAUUACAAGAACCUUAAACUUUAAAAAAAUCUCAUAACUAAUCGUACUUUACAAUCACUAUAACGUUUUUGUUCCCGAUACGAACCACUCACCACCCAAUCGGGCAACCCCAAAAAAAAACAGUCCAUUAUACGAAGCAUAAUAUGGUUAAACAAUAGAGAACUCAUCUCUGAAAAUAGCACAGAUUGUAAGGCCACAACCAUGGUUAUUAUAAUUUUUUUUUUAAACAUGGUUAACAGAAACAACAAUUGCAAACAAGCAAAAUAUAUGUUAUCACAUGUAAUCUUUCAUGACCUAAUAUUUUCUAAAAGACAAAAAUCAUUAUCACACAUCUCUUACAAAUGCAAACCAAAAACACAAACCACAAAAUCAUACAAAAAUUAAUAACGUAGAUCACAAGUAAAGUAUAUCCUGCCCGUAGGAAGUGAAGAACAUAGUCUACAAAGAAAUAUUCAAAGGCUUUCCUCCCCACAAAGGUAUUUUUAAUUAAAUUAGUAGUUUUCACUUCCACCAUUUUUCAGAAGUCUUCUGAUAAAAUAUUAUAUUUACAAAUUUACAAUGCCCAACAUAUCAACCAAACGAUGAUACAAUCAAAUAAAGAAGGACUUACACAGAGUUUUUUACCCAGCUAUGCCACGUAUGAACCUUUUUUAUAUAAAUAACCAUAGUUUUGUAUUUACUUAAAUUUAAGUUAACUAACUUAUUCUUAACCAAUUCCAGGCUAUUUUUUUUUCUUAUAAACCACAACGCAACUUCUGAUCUUCAAAAGACUUAAUCUCUUUUUUACAUUAUUUAUGUUUAUUUAGCUACUCUUUUUGUUUUUAAACAAUUGCAUAAACUCGAUAUUCACCAAUUUUCCAAACAUUUUGGAAAACACAAUGCUUCCAUUCCAAACAAAAACAUUGAAAUUUAUAAUCAAAAAUCGACUAUCAACACACUUUGCCGCGCAUCGCGCGGAGAAAUGAUCUAGUUUUAUUUAAUAAAUGAUGUAUAUUUUGAAGUCUUAACACAAUAAAACUAUAUUAAAUUAUAAAUGUAUUCAUUUAUGUGAUUAAUUUUUUUUCACAAUUUUAACCAGUAAAUACAAUUUUUUUUUUAAUAUGUAUAAUUUACAAUUAUUACUCAAUAGAAAUGUAUUGAAAAUGUAAAACUUAAAUUUCUUUCUUAAAUAUGGAUCAUUUUGAUACAGAAGGUAUAUAAAUUGGUGAAUAAAUAUAUUAAAUUUUGAAUGGAAUGAUCCUUGUAUAUUUUAUCUACAUAUAGUUCAAUUAUAGUUCAAAAUUUAAUAUAUGUAGAUAACAAAAAUUCAUUCAGCCAUCACCGAUAAAAACCAUAUUAAAUUUAAAUUUUUAUUUGAUUCGGUUUCCAAUUAUUUUGUUACAUCCCCCUUAUAACAUUUUUAAAAAGGCAAAGGUAAUCAAUAUAUGAAAGAAACUGAAAUAAAAGUCGAGUUAAAUAACUUGUUACCCGUAACAAUUUGUAUCUAUCAGUUGCCAAAACUAGGGAAGAGUUGUGUUUGGUCAUGAAUUUGCAGGACAAUGUUGAUAUAUCCAAUCUUAUGAGGAAACACAUUUCCAAAGGAUCACCAAAACAAGCUCUGCUUCUGUACGAAGCAAUCCGCCGCAAAGGAGUGUUCUUUCCGGGAUGGAUUCCUCUGCUUCUAAAAGCAUGUGCUUGCGUUCCAAACUUUGUUCUCGGGAAGCAACUGCAUUCCGAAUCGAUCAAGUUCGGUAUCCACUCUGACGUCAUGGUGAGAACCUCUCUGAUCAAGAUGUAUAGCCAAAGUGGAUGCAUAGUUUCUGCACGUAACGUGUUCGACGAAAUGCUUGAGAGAAACGUUGCUACUUGGAACGCUAUGAUCGGUGGGUAUAUGUGGAACGGUGACGCGCUCUCGGCCACUAGGUUGUUCGGAGAGAUAAUUGGGAGUGGAAAUGAAGUGACUUGGAUCGUGAUGAUGAAAGGGUACGUGAAGAGAAACGAGACUGAGAAAGCUAGAGACUUGUUUGAGAGAAUGCCUCUGGAGAUGAAGAGUGUGAAGGCUUGGGCGGUGAUGCUUGGAGGGUACGUUAGUAAUCGAGAGAUGGAGGCUGCUCGGAUGUUCUUUGAGGAGAUACCGGAGAAGAACUCUUUUGUGUGGUCACUGAUGAUCUCUGGGUAUUUUAGGGCAGGUGAUGUGGAUGAGGCUAGUGGUGUUUUUAACCGUGUAAAGGUUCGUGAUUUGGUGAUUUGGAACAGUUUGAUCACCGGUUAUGCGCAGAAUGGGUACUCUGAUGGUGCUAUUGAUGCUUUUUAUAAGAUGCAAGGAGAAGGGUUUGAACCGGAUGCAGUGACGGUUUCAAGUGUUUUGUCUGCUUGUGCUCAAUCAUGUCGUCUUGAUGUUGGCAGGGAAGUUCACUCUCUGAUUAACCGUAUAGGGAUUGAGCUUAACGAGUUUGUUUCAAACGCAUUGAUCGAUAUGUAUGCUAAGUGUGGGGAUCUAGAGAACGCCACAUCCGUGUUUGAGUCGUUAAGUGUGAGAAGUGUUGCUUGUUGGAACUCUAUGAUCUCGUGUCUUGCCAUUCACGGGAAAGGCGGAGAAGCUUUAGAGAUGUUCAGAACGAUGGAUACAAAACCCGAUGAGAUCACUUUUCUGGCGGCUCUCAGCGCUUGUGUUCAUGGAGGGUUCCUAGUGGAUGGUCUAAAGAUAUUCUUGGAGAUGAAGAACAGAGAUGUGAAACCGAAUGUGAAGCAUUUUGGAUGUUUGGUUCAUCUCUUGGGACGCUCAGGGAAACUGAAAGAGGCUUACGGAUUGGUAAGAGAAAUGCCUGUGAAACCGAACGAUACAGUCUUGGGAGCUUUACUUGGUGCCUGUAAGGUUCACAUGGAUACAGAAAUGGCUGAACAGGUGAUGAAGAUAAUCGAGACUGCAGGAAGCGUCAUAAACGGUGACAGUGAAAAUCAUCUUGUGUUGAUAUCGAACUUGUAUGCACAUGCCGAGAGUUGGCAAACAGCUGAAACGUUGAGAGUGGAAAUGGAGAAAAGGGGUCUUGAGAAAUCCACAGGAUUAAGCUCACUAGUUUUGACCUGAGUCAACACGACUUAGAUAUUUCAGUCGUCAAAGAACUAAAGACACCUGAUGAGUAUGAAACAAGAACAUUAUCCUCGUCGCUUGUAAAAAGGCUAAGAGGGUGACAAGGCUAACAAGAACUCAGGUUCGAAUAGUGAGGGAAGCUGGUGAACAUUGAAGCAGAAGUGGUUUAUAGUUCUUCCAACAGUUUUGAUUGCAUCGCUGGCAGUCUCUGAGCAUCGAGUUCUCGUUAAAUGCGUUUGAGACCAAGCUGAUGAGUUCCAGAAAGAUGGUUUCAGCUAAGUGAGAGAAGCAAGUGACAGGUUCAGGUUGCAUAUAUAUAAUAAAGGACCUCACUGAUGGUAUGUGAUACGUUUUGAAGAACAUUGGCAAGAAGACAAGCCUGAGUCAAUGGAACGUGUUGAAGAAGGCUUCAGAUCGCAUUGUAUUAAGAUAUAACGCGAAUAUAAGUCUAUUGUGUAUUUUUCUGUGUAAACUGUUGAUGCAAAUUACAACUGCAGAGAUCCGACAUGCUCUGUCUGAAUUGUAAUAAAAAAAACGGUACUUUUCA